AGCUUAUUAAAAAGGGUGCUGACUUGGAAGCUUAUUUAUUGUGCUUUAUCCAGAUCACGUGAUGUCAAGCCCAAUGGUUUGCAUUACCUAGUAAACUGUAGCUUAAAAUGUGGAUCGUGGUCGUUUUAGCAAUAUGUCAUUUUGACGAAUAAUUACAUGUACAAUUACAUGUACAACCACAUAAACCGCAUCCCUUCCUCACACCUGUCAUGAUAUAGACCGACAAUAACCAUGGCUGUAAAAGCACCGGCGCACUUUCACUCCAUGGAACCGGAUAUCCGUCUGGAGGAUUAUCUCGACGAUAAGCUACAGUCCCCUACCGACCUCGAGGGUCUCGAUAGCUUAAUCGCGAGCGUUGAACUUCAACGUACUCAGCUCCAAGCCCAACUCGACCAUGCUACUAAAGAGCUACAAGAUGUACGCCAGGCGGCUCGGGAUCGCCAAGGAGGAGUUGCUCGGUCAAUAGAGGAGUUCCAGAAGCUUCAGGAGAGCAUCGAUGUACGCUUAAAAAUCGUCGCCGAGUCCAACGCACCCGAAGAAGCCAUCCGACGUCUCGAACAGCCUAUGAAGCAGCUUCACAAGGUCGACCUUGCCUACCAAUAUGUUACGCUACUGCAAGAUAUUGAAACCUUGCGGCUGGAGGCCCGCUCCUAUCUGCCACAGAGUCCCAAAGCUGCAUUACAGCCCUAUUCAACACUUAAGCAGCUCAGCGUGCGAUUGAGAGAGCUACAAGGAGCGGCUGACGGGGCCGCCAUACAUUUGGUGAAUUAUACAGAAAAGGUCACGGAGGAUCUGUGGGAUGAGAUGAAGAGUACCAUGUCUAAAGAGCUGGAACAGGUUCUGAAGAAUCGCAAUUGGCCGCAGGGGGUAGAUCCGAACGCCGAGAUGGAUGCCGAAUGGCUGCAGUGCUUCGAAAAGCUCAUCGAUCUGCAGGUUCCCGAGGUGCUGUACUCUGAGAAAGUUGUUGCGCUACUGCCCUUCGAAGCCAUGGUAAAGCCAUUUGUCCAGUGGUUUCGUUUCCAGUUCAUGGGCAACAACGCGACCAGCACUCCCCAGGCCUUUGGAACUUUCUGCAUACCGCAAUUCCUGUCGCUGAUUGACAAGUGGGAAAGCUUCUUUCGAGAGAAUGUGGGCUACAUCAUGGCAUCACGGUUUUACGAGACGAAAGUUAGAGACUUGUCAGUCUACAUGGAUCCCGCUUGCGCUCUGAUCACCGCGUUACUGCCUGUCAUGCGAGAGAAAAUCGAUGCUAUGGUUCAACAUGGGCUCCAGAACCCACAAUUCUUGAGUAGUCUUAUGGUGCAGCUCAUGGAUUUGGAUGAUGAGAUCCGCUCUAGAUUCAAUUAUGAUGGGGGUGACCCUGAAGAAGGCUGGGCCGGCUUAAUGUCAGAGGUGUUGGAGAAACAUUUUGAGGAUUGGUUCAAGGCAGAGAAAGAAUUUGCUCUUGAGCGCUAUCAUGUCAUUAUGAACUCUCCCGAUGCGCGAAAUAUUGACUAUGACUAUAGUGGCCAUGGCAAGAUGAAGCCUACAUUCGGCGCUGUGAGGGUGACCGACUUAUUGAAGUCUGUUACCAUCCAAUACCAGCGAGUUCGUAGAUUUUCCCAUAGAUUGCGAUUUCUUAUCGACAUCCAACUGGAUAUUCUAGACGACUACCACGAUCGAUUUAAGGACUCACUCGACACUUACUACACGAUCAACUCCACCUUAGGCCGCACUCUCCAUGGAGUCACGAGGGAACAAGCGGCUGCCCUGGAAGGCACCGGUGCGUUCGAAACGCUCUGUAAAGUUUUGGGGAGCUCUGACCAUAUCAUCGCUACAUUGAAAGACUGGAGCAACGAAGAGGUAAGGCUCAACAUGCAUAGAAAUUACGUCGCAUGUUGAUCCGCUAACAACCGGGAAGUUCUUCGUAACAUUGUGGGAGCAGCUUCAGACAAGGGCAAAGCGAGCGGAUGGUGAGGGCGAUAUUGCCAGUGGAAUGAGUUACGAAAAUGUGAAAGAUAGAACCUCCGCAGUGGUCGGUUCCGAUGGCGAUGGUGGCAUCUUAUUUGACGAGACCAUAGCUGCCUACACCCAUCGUCGCAAAAAUGCCGAGGAAUAUCUGGUUGCGGCGUUAAUUGACUCUCACCAGAAGGCAUUCCGCCCUUACGUGGCCAAGACCCAAUGGUCUACCAUCAGCGAUAAUACCCAUG